AUGAAGCUUUUAGAUCCUUUCCAAGGCUACCGUAUCGCAUCUGCGAACGUCUACAUGAAUCUAACUUACCUACUCUAGAUUAUGUAUAUCAUAUGGUGGCAAGAGGAAGGAUACUUUUAUCAAGCCCACUAUGCUCUAUUUGUCAUGCUUGUCACUCACAGUAUCUGUUUCACUCUAGAAGUAUUCAGAUUCAUAAUCACUGAGUGGAAAAAAUCAUGCAUUCUUUUGCCUUUACUAAUAGAUAUUGUCACAAUCAUUAUGUAUCAAGGAGCUAUAUUCUAUAUUUAGAUAGUAUACAUUAACCUUGAGAAGGAUGAUGCAGAUUUCUUUACUACUAGUUGGAUUGAAAUUGAACUUAUUACCUACUAUUCUCAAAUUAUAUAGGCUAUAAUCUUUUUGCUACUCUCUUCGUGCAUUCAGCCAAUAAAGCCUUCUAGUUCAAUGAGGAAAUCUCUUUCCCAUAAGAAGUCGCAUGACUACCUGAGUUCAACCAAAGAUUAGUUCUAGUUACUUAGUUAUAACGGUACUAUGAUUAUUGUCUCAUUGGCUAUCCUUUACAUGAAAGAUACAUAAUGUGGUUCAAGUGAUGCAUCCUAUCAGACCGCCAUUUACUACUUUGUUGGAGCUUGUGGAGUUUAGCUUGUUAUGGCUGCAGUCGCAGUCGUUUUCAGAGGUCACAGUGACUAUAAAGAUUGGUUUCUAAAGACAAUGUCACUAGUUGUAAUUGGGUUGUAUGGCUAUCUAUUAGCCUACUUCUUCAUUUUCAACGGAUGUGAAAGAUUAAUUAAAAAUUGGGUAGUUGGUAACUUAGUUAUUAUUGUAGCAUUUGUGGCAGCAUAACUAUGUUAUACUAUUAUCUUCAAAGGCAAAGAGGCUUUUAAGGAAGCAAUCUCUAAAAAACCACAAUUUUCAUCAGGAGCAUUGGGCACUAAAAGUUUCUAAGAGCUUCAUUCAUUCAAACUAGGAGAAGAUUUUUACUCUAUCACCUUUUUUUCAUAUUUAUACAUUAUGAGUGGGGAUUCAGAGGACCAGGAGGCUGACACAAAUGAAAAUUAGGCUUUGAUCUAGAGAGCUAAUACUGAUCAUUCUGAGGGAAAGCAUAUUUCCAUUAACGAGGAAGAAGUAGCUAGAAAUUUCAUUAACUGUGUUGUCAUUUUCACUAUUCAAAUCACUCUAGGACUAUAUGCACUAUAUCAAAUACUGUUCGUUGAUUCCUUCAAGCAGACGGAGACACUUAAUAUAUUAGUAACAAGAUUCUUAAGCGCCAUCAUCCUUCACAUUAACAUUGAGAGUAACAUGAGAAGAGCCCUUAACAUGAUGAAUUAUGCAUUAUUAACUACAAAAAAAUGGUAUAGAAAAUAUCCUCAAAUUGCAGUUGCAUUAAUGUAUUUCUUUGGCACUUUCACUUGUGAAUUCGCUAAUUUGCUCUUGCUCUGUACUAUUGACAACGCUCAAGACAUUAUUAUUAAUAUGAUAGCAUUCAUGGUUGUGGCAGACAUUUAGGAGUUCUAUUCAAAUUCUCUUCAAAAUUCACCAUUGAGGGAGUCAACACCCUAAUAAGAACUUGAAAUUAAAUCUUGGAAAGAGUCAGAUAAUAAAUUUGGAUUGUUAGGCGUUUUAACAUUCCUCCUCUACAAAAUCAUCAGAAUGUUCUAUGUUGCAUUCUACUACUAUUUCAUGCCAUUUGCUGUGGUAUUCUUAUCUUUCUUAGUUACACAGCAUAAUGUGGUAAGUAAGGCUGCUGGAGGAGAGGGUGGAGCCAGUAUCUCUAGCGAUGGUAUUAAUUCUACCAUCGGCAGUAACACAACUCUUCCAGUACAACCCUGA